AUGGGCUACAUCGACUGUGUCUUCCUCAAUGCUGGAGUACAAGGUCAUUACGACGUCUCUGCGCCCGAGACCAUUGAAUUUAAAAAAUUCAAUGACGAGAUGACGACCAAUUACACCAGCCUCGUGGCACUCACGUUCACUUUCUUGCCUCAUCUUAAAGCCAAAUCGCAAGCUGGGCCUGCAUCUGUUAUCUUCACAGGAAGACAACUGGCUGUCAUCCCAGCUGCUAUCCUACCGGCAUAUUCUGCAUCCAAAGCAGCGCUCAACGUCUUCACACUGUGUCUGAGAGGCAGUAAAGCCGCAGGGAGCGAGGUGAAAAUUAUAGAGAUAUACCCACCACCAGUACAAACCAAAAUCCAUGACUACAUGACCCCAGAUAUCGGCUGCAAGAUGGGCAUGCCCUUGCAUGCUUUCACUGAGCAAGCUUAUGCAGGCUUGGUAUCUGGCAGUGAUCAGAUUAUCAUUGGGGGUCCAGAACCGAGGGAGACGUAUUUGGAGGUUGUAGAGAAGAGAAGGAGCUUGAGGGAAGGCUUGGCGGCGAUGAUGAGGAAGUUCAGUGCUGGAGGUGCUGGGAAGGGGCAGUGA